UUUCAUCGGCGUGAGCAAUGACAAAAGUGCCUUCACUUUCAAGAACCCAUGCGAUGCUGGUGCAUUGACUUGUUGAAAAGAAAAUCCGUAGUUCUCAUAGUGGUAGUCUGAAUUUACAACUGGUGCAUGAUUCUUUAUUGUCACUUAAACUCAUGUUUAUGACUUUUUUCUUGAACAAAGCGACUGCGCAACAAUUGGCUAUGUGUGUUUCACCAGUUUUACUAGAACCUGCUUUGCUUAAGGCUCACCGUACAGGUCCUCUGUGGACUGUUUUGCAAAUAGUACAUAGUGCUUUACCUGCAUUUUUUGAUUGCUUUGGGGAGAGGCAUUUGAUCAGUAAAAGUGAAAUGGUGAGGAUUGAUUUCAAUAGAGAUUUACUGCAGUCAUCAUUCACAGAGAUUGUUACUUCUGUUCUUGACAAGAAGGGAACAGAAGAGGCUGUUAAGUUCUUUAAUAUGUUGCAGCCAUUGCUGAUGGAGAUUCUCUUUUUAGAAGGAUAUAGUGUUGGCUUGAAUGAUUUUGACAUUCCCAAGGCUAUUACUGAAGAUAUAAAGAAGAAGAUUCAGGACAUAUCACCUUUGCUACUUCACUUGAGAUCAAAUUACAAUGAACUUGUAGAGUUGCAAGUGGAAAGCUACCUGAAAACUCUGCUACUGUAGUAUCAAAUCCUACAUAUAAAGCAGUUCUUGAUUCUUCUUAAAGCAACAACUCUUCAUGGGAAUCGAUGAAGGAAAUACUUUUGUGCAAAGUUAACUUCAAGAA